UCAUGAAAAGCAGGCCCUUCCCCUGGCUUGAUGUCGCGAUCUUUUGAAAUGACCUUUUUGAUCAGGUUGAGCAUAUUUUUCUCCCAGGGGGUAAUAUGAGUGUUAAAACUAUAAAUGAACAAAGGUUCAAUUCUUCUGCGUCCUCUGUGACAGUGGUUUUUGCAAGGGUGGGUCAUGGCUCAUUGAAAGCUCUAUAUUGAACAUCAGAAAUGCUAAAUUUGUUGCUAAAGGGGUAGCUAUUCGCUCUCUUCAUUUCACACUAAUAAAACAAGGCCAGGAACUACUUUGACUAAAUUUAACUCUCAUCCAUUCUCAUACAUUUUGAUUUAGACAAUACUUAAGAGGAAAUGCCUAAUUGUACUUGUGUUUAAGUGCAUAGGAUUCACUAUCUACUUAAAUCAUUUAAUAGGCCAGGUAUUGGUUAAAUCUACCUUGAAGCACCAGUUGGGUGGUGCAAUAGCUUGUUUAUUUAGAUGUGUUUAUACACUUGCUAUGUGCAAGUGCAGUAUUUCAUCAUGGUGUGGUGAUGUGAUAUGCAUUGCAAAUAUGGUUUUCCUUUUUUGUCCUAAGUGCAUCCUUACUAAAUAUAGAGUGGUUUUCUGUGUGGAAGUGAGUACUUCUGAGUGGCAUUUUGAAUCAAACUCAAGUUAGGCAGGUGUGUCCUUUUCCUAACCAAAGCAAGAAGAAUGCGUCUCGGUUUGUGAUCAUUUAACCCGCAUGAGUGAGACAUCCCCUCUUCCCAACAAAUGAUUUUAAAGAUCGAUUUCUCUGUUCAGCUACACCUCCUGCCCCAGCUACCUCCCAGAAACCUCAGGCAGCUUCUGGCCCUGCAAAGCCUAAAGGCAAAGAUGCCAAGAGUGCACAGGGUGCCUCUGCCCCAAAGGCUGUCCCUGGCAGAAGAAAACGAUCCUCAAUGUCUGCCUCCUCCGCUUCUCCCACCUCACCUAAAUCUGCUUCCUCCAAUACCCCCAUGUCGCCUUUGUCGCCUGUGUCCCCUGUGCCAUCUCCCCUAGCUGCCUCACCUGGCAGUUCUCCUGGUCAUGCUCACCGCUUCACCCCAAAAGUUGUCAAGGCUGGCAAACAGGGAAAAGUUAAGAAAGGAGAGGCAUUUGUGCCUGCCCCUGCCCCUGUUGAGUGCAAGGUCAUACCAGGACACGAAAAACCAGUAGAGGCUGUCCCCAUUCAAACUGUAGUUGAAGCCAAACCAGUUGCAUUUGUGCCUGCUCCUGUGGAGUGCAAGGUCACACCUGAAAAUAUAAAACCAGUAGAGGCAAUCCCCAAGCAAGCUGUAGUUGAAGCUAAACCAGCUCCAGUUGAGCCAAGCAAACCCUUCCCAGCCGCUGCAAAGCCUAUUGCAGCUCCAGCUGCUUUUAAAGUUACCUCAAAGCCUGCUGUGGCAGCUCCAGUUUCAUUUUCAGAUACUCUUGCCUCUAGCCCUCCCUCGUCAUUUGAAUUUAAGGCAUCUUCACCAAAAGCUGCUCCUGUUAUUGCAGCUACUGAUGAUGAUCUGCCUCCCCUCAUCCCACCUGAGAAACCAGUUAAAAUGCCAGAACCAGUACCCCCUGUAGAGCCCAAGUCUGUACCUGUUGAGGCUGCUAAACCAGCUCCCAUUGAAGCUCCUAAAAUAUCCCCAGCCAAAAUUGAGGCCAUUAUGGAGGCCCCCCCAAGCAAACCUGCUCCCAUUGAGAUUAUUAAGCCUGCUGCUGAAGCCAAACCUACACCGGUUGAAGCUGUUGAGGCCAAACCUGCUCCGGUUGAAGUUAAGCUAGCUGCUGAGGCCAGACCUGCUCCUAUUGAGGUUAAGCCAGCUGCUGAAGCCAAACCUGCUCCUGUUGAGGCUGCUAAACCUGCUGCUGAGGCCAAACCUGCUCCUGUUGAAGUUAAGCUAGCUGUAGAGUCCAAACCUGCUCCUGUUGAGGCUGCUAAGCCAGCUGCUGAGGCCAAACCUGCUCCUGUUGAGGCUGGCUAAGCCAGCUGCUGAGGCCAAACCUGCUCCUGUUGAGGCUGCUAAGCCAGCCGCUGAGGCCAAACCUGCUCCAGUUGAAGCUGCUAAACCGGCUGCUGAGGCCGAACCUGCUCCUGUUGAGGCUGCUAAACCAGCUGCUGAGGCCAAGCCUGCUCCAGUUGAAGCUGCUAAGCCAGCUGCUGAGGCCACACUUCCUCCAGUUGAACCUGCUAAACCAGCUGCUGAGGCCAAAUUGGCUGAGGUUAAGGAGGCACCUGCUGAGGUCCCCAAGCCUGCCAAACCAGCAGCUGAGCCCUCAUCUACUCCCUUAAAACCCACUCCAGUUGAGCCUGCUGUUCCUGCCCCACCUCCCCACAAACUCACAUUUGCUGAGGCAGUCGCAAAACCAGCUCCUGUUAAACCUGUAGUAAUCAGCACAGCUCCCUCUGAGCCCAUCUCACCACCCAAACCUGCCCCCACACCCGCUAAAACCCCAGUCAAGGUGGAGCCUGUGAUCAAGAACGACAAGGGUAUUUUCUUCUUUCUUUCUUUCUUUUUGUAUCAUCUGUUUUUCCAACUGUCACUGCGUUGUCUGGGAACUGCUCAGAUGCUUAGAUAUGUCGCUCUAUUAAAAACUUUCAACUAUCCUUUCUUAAAGAUGCUACCUAGUUGUUGACUUGGAUGCUUUUCUUAUUGGAGACAGUCAGUUCUGUUGUUGCAUACUGUUAGCCAUGUUUUGCAGUUUUAUGUGUGCAAUCAUAAGAUGUCUAGCAGUCAUGUUUUAUUUCGUCAGUGAAGAUGUGGUAUUGGAUAGGAAGGCAAUAUCUAACAAACUAAAGAAUACACAUUAUUUAAUAUUUGAAGUGAAGUAGCUCCAAUCACAGUGACACUCGCAAAAUCAAGUUCAUGAAUAUUUUCAGUAUGUUAGGUGUGUGUCUGUUCAUUUCAGAUAAUAACAAAUGUAUUCUGUAUUCUGGAUAAUUAUUAACCUUCCUAUUUUAUUCCCCAGGAUUGAUGCACAAUGACUUGCAAGUAUUGUUGCUUAUAUUCAUAGUUGGAAUGUUGUAACUAAAUUUUGGUCUCUGUCGGUGGUCUCUGUAGGAUCCGGUACUGAGUCAGACAGCGAUGACUCAGUCCCUGAGCUGGAGGAACAGGACUCUGCACAGACACAGACACAGCAAGCUCAG